CGCCGCCAGCCCGCCCAGCGUCCGCCGCCGCCAUGGGAGUACAGGUGGAGACCAUCUCCCCCGGAGACUGGCGCACCCUCCCGAAGCGCGGCCAGACCUGCGUGGUGCACUACACCGGGAUGGUUGAAGAUGGAAAGAAAUUUGAUUCUUCCCGGGACAGAAACAAGCCCUUUAAGUUUAUGCUGGGCAAACAGGAGGUGAUCCGAGGCUGGGAAGAAGGGGUUGCCCAGAUGAGGGUGGGCCAGCGAGCCAAAUUGAUCAUCUCCCCAGACUAUGCCUACGGUGCUACUGGGCACCCAGGCAUCAUCCCACCACACGCCACUCUCUUCUUCCACGUGGAACUUCUAAAACUGGAAUGACAGGAAUGGCCUCCUCCCUCAGCUCCCUGUUCUUGGCAGAUCUGCCAUGGAGGGAUGUGGUGCCUCCAGAUGCGUAUACACGAAUGUACGCGGAGCUUUUCCUGAUGUUCCACUACACUCUGUGUAAACAUCUACCCUGACUGAAUGUGUUCUGUCACUCAGCUUUGCUUCCCACACCUCCAUUUCCUCUCCCCUUUCCCCUCGUAUGUGUGUUUACCUAAACUAUAUGCCAUAAACCUCAAAUUAUUCAUUUUA